AUGUCUGGCUGUCCCUCCACCGCAAUCGUCAAGUCGACGUCUCCGGCGGUGACUAUGUCUGGCUGCCCCUUCGCCGCGAUCGUCAAGGCGACAGCACCGGCGGUCGCACCCAAGGUGAGAGAGAUCGUCGACGACUUCUACCCUCGCAUGUUCAGCAACAGCCCUGAAGCAAAGGCCUUCUUCAACCCGGCCAAUCAGUUCAAGGAGCCGCCGUUGCAGCGCAUGGCGCUGGCCAACGCAGUCGUAGCCUACGCCACCUCCAUCGACGACCUGUCCAAGCUGACGGGGGCGCUGGAGAUCAUCGCUCACAAACACUGCGGCCUCGGCGUCAAGCCGCGCCACUACUCGAUCGUGCACCAGAACCUGAUGGAGUCUAUCGGGCACGUCAUGGGCGACGCUGUCACGCCAGAGGUUGGCGAGGGUUGGAGCGAGGCCGUGCUUGCUCUCGCCAAGAACCUUUGUGAGCUGGAGGCAAAGCUCUACGCCGAGUCGGCGGGGCGGCGUGGCGGCUGGAAGGGGGUGAAGGACUUCAGGGUGGCUGGGACCCGGCGCGUCGCGACGGACUGCGUGGAGCUCACCUUCAAGCCUGUCGACGGCGCCGGACCAAUCGACUUCACGCCAGGCCAGUUCCUGACGCUGCACCUGCACAAGCAGGGCUCGACGCCACGCCACUACACCGUGACGAACGCGCCCGGCAAGGACUACCUGCAGUGCUGCCCGAAACUUGUCGAGGGCGGCUUCGUCUCCUCCGCCCUCCACGGCAUGAAGGAGGGCGACGUCGUCGGCGUCUCCGCACCUUUUGGCACGUUCAAGUUGAGCGGCCGCCCGGCGGUGCUCUGCUCGGCAGGGGUGGGCGCGACGCCGAUGAAGUGCUUUCUCGACAGUGCGCCCGAGCAGGUCAAGUUCGUCCUGCACAUAGACAGGGACGAGGCGGCGCACCCCUUUCGGAAGGAGAUGGAGGCUAGCAGUGCCGGGACGCAUUUCCACUACACAGACGCGGGCGGGCGGCCAGAGGCGGCAGCGCUCGUGGAGGGCGCCCUCAAGCCGUACCUGGCGGAAUGCGACUUCUUCCUCUGCGGCCCGCCGCCCUUCCUCGCGGACAUGUCCGCGGCGCUCAAGGCGGCGGGCGCGCGGAGCAUCCAUCUCGAUGUCUUUGGCCCAGCUUUGGCGCAGCCAAAUUAG